AAUGUAAUCUGAUGUGUUCAGGUUUAAACUCAGGUUCAGUUAUUGAGUGAAAACACCAACAGACUCAGACAUUUAGAACAAACUAAGAGUCAGAUCAGCAGAAACAGAGAACACGGACAUGUCUGCUGUAACUGCGUCACUCUGCUCCACGCUGAUGUUUGUCCUGUUCGUCUCUGCAGACCAGAAAACCAUCACAGCUGAGUCUGGACAGGACGUCACUCUGACAUGUCGACCUCCAGACAACAACAACAACAUUGUAGAGUGGAGCAGAGCUGACCUGGGAGAUGAAUAUGUGCUUUUGUACCGUGACGGUCACUUUGUUCCAGACAACCAGCAUCCAUCUUUUAAGAAUCGGGUGGAUCUGCAGGACAGACAGAUGAAGGAUGGAGACGUGUCUUUGAUUCUGAAGAAUGUGACGAUUAAUGACACUGGAACAUACGAGUGUGGUGUUGUGCAGACAGGAACAGAAUAUUUGAAGCUCAUCAUCAGCAUCAUCUACCUUCAUGUUGAUCCUCCAGAUCCAACAGUCAUCACAAUUGAGUCUGGACAGAAUGUCACUCUGACAUGUCGAGCUACAAACAACAUCACAGUUGUAAAGUGGAGCAGAGCUGACUUCACAUCAAGCUGUGUCUUUUUGUACCAGGAUGGUCACUUUAUUCCAGAUCACCAGCAUCCAUCUUUUAAGAACCGGGUGGAUCUGCAGGACAGACAGAUGAAGGAUGGAGACGUGUCUUUGAUUCUGAAGGAUGUGACGAUUAAUGACACUGGAAGAUAUGUUUGUGGUGACUACAUGAAAGAAACACGCUCAUGGAAAUCCAUCAGCAUCAUCCACCUGGUUGUUGUUGUUCCUCCAGGUCCAUCAGGAGGAAUUAUUGGACUGAUAGUUGCUCUUCUCCUUCUUCUUGUCGGUGUUGUGGGUUUUUUGAUCUACAGAAAACAUAAAGUGUCCCGAUAUUCAAUCAAGGUUCCUACUGAGGAUAAUGAGGCUCCUCAGUCUCCACAGCAGGACUGUGUCAGAGGACAGACAGAAGUGAACUAUCCUGAGCCUCCAGCAGACGGAUUAUCAUCAUGUUUAUGGACAUAAAGUGGGAGUGGAUUCCCACAGACUUUGCAUGUCAGUGUUGGUGUGGGAGUUUCACCUGUGAAACAGAGGAGCUUGUUUCUAUAGAGCCAGCUGGAAGGAGAAGGGUCUCCCCUGGAUGCCAACACUGAGCUGAUCUCUCCCAGUAAAAUAUUACAAAUAAUAUAAAAUGUGUCGGUGCUGUAAUAUUCAACUUGUUUGUUUUUUCAUUCCAAGGUGGACUGUUUGUUGUGUGUCAAGCAACUGUCAUACAACAACACCUCAUUUGUGGUUAUCAUCUAUGCAUAGGUGCAUAUAUCCAAACCUUCACAGGCUUGCUGUGAGAUACUCGUGCAGCCCUGCCUCCUCACUGUCAUGUGAAAGGCUUUUCUCAAAGCUGGCGAGGUUAUUACUGUGACACUAUGAUGUGGAUGAAUACAUGAAAAUAUUAGCCAUUUUAUUUUUAUGCUUAAAGUCACUUUCUUUUGGAAAAACUACUGUUAAUGUUUAUUUUGCUGUCUGAAAGUGUAAUAUAGGUUCCACCAGUGGCGCUCGGUGCCCCACACAUCAGUGGGUAGAAGAAGUGUAGUCAGUACAUGAUGAGGUAGUGUACAGCUCGUGCACCGAGUAGCUCCUGUUAACCUGCUGUUCCCAUGUUAUUGCAGGUAAGCCUGGUUGGAAAUAACAUAUAAGUAAUAGACAACAGUAGUAAUCGAUCAUAAGUGUCUUACAGUGCAACAGAUCUCAAACUAAAGAGUGAAUUCACGAGUUAAAGGCUUGUAAAGAUGAUUCGCCACCACGUGUAGCUAAAAUGUUGGACUCAUAGUCCGGUGUGUUCAUAGUAAUGAAUCUGAGAACUGUUUCAUGUCUUUGUGAGUUUAAAGGCUGUAAGCUAACUACUGAGAGAUGCACAUAACAUCAGUAAAAUCAUGAGAUUAUGAACAAACCUUUGUUAAACAGAGUAAAUGUGUCAUGUCAUGAGAUGCUUGUGUAAAUGGAAAUGCUAACUAAAUGUAGAAUCAGGCUGAGCUACGGAGCACACAUGUGAUCCUACACCUGUGCUGAUCCAGUUAUCAGGCUGUGAUGAAAGUCUGUAAUGUCUGUACAGGUAUGUUUGGGUCAGAGCUGCACAAUAAAGUCUCUGGAUAAUCA